CAUGAACACCCCAAAAGGAUCAAUAUAAAGUAUUAAUCACAUGUCACAGUCCACAAGAAAGUUUGCAAAUAAUAAUAGACUUUGUUCAAAGCCCCUCGACGAAUCUACUUAGUCACAAUGCAUGCCAUGAAGUUUCAGAAUUGACCCAGGUGCUGCCUUUCUCAACUACUCUAAGAACCCAUAUCAUGAAUUCUGGUGAUCAGCUGCAAGAAGUAGUCUACUUUAUGAGUGUUCAUUCUCUAUGUGCAGACUUAUCACUUGCUCUGUUGCUCUGGUGAGUGGUGGUGAUUUCAAGAGAGAGGCUUUGGUUCUUCCAGAAAUUCAAGGUUCUAUCUUUUAUAUGUAGAAGCUUCUUCUUUAAGAACAAAGAGAAUUUCUUCUUGAAAUUAUGGUUGUUGUAGAGAUGGGUAGUUUGGCAAUGAGUUCUAAGAGAGCCAGCAGUUUUCAAUCCUUGUUAAAACCCUUUGAGGUUUAAGAAGAAUUUAGCUUCCAAUUCGAGAUGGGUGUCUCUCUUUACAUGCUUUUAUACUUGGGUGAAUUUCAUUGAUUGCAUUUUUAGCUGUGUUUGGUGCCCUGACUGUCAUCAAUGUCAGAAAAGAGUAGGAUUCCGUCAAGAUUCAUUUCCUCCUUGAUAACAGUUUCUGUGUUCCUUUUAGUUCUUUCUUCUGUGUUCCUUCUUCAAUCUGGCAAUACAUCUUUCAUUCCCAGAUCAGUAUUUGAGCUUAUGCUUGUUAAUGGCACAUCAGUGUACUUUGAGCCUCAUGUGAAAAAGGAACCAUUUAAACUUCCUUUCCUCUCUUCUGAGGUUCCCCAAGUUGAUGCUAUAAAACCCUUAAAAAGAAUAAGUGAAUCAGCUUGUCAAGUUUCCGAUUCGAGCAAGAAAGUGGGAUCUGUAGAAAGAAAGAAAAUGAUGGUCUGUGACUCGAAGCAGGCUCUUUUGAGGGUAUUUAUGUAUGAGUUGCCUCCUGAAUUUCACUUUGGGUUAUUGGGUUGGAAGGGAAUGGAGAAUCAAACAUGGCCACAGCACAUCCCACCUUACCCAGGCGGGCUGAAUUUACAGCACAGUAUAGAAUAUUGGCUCACCCUUGAUCUUUUAUCAUCAGAUAACCUAAAUGUGGUCAGACCUUGUACAGUAGUCAGGGUGCACAAUUCAAGUGAAGCUGAUUUUAUUUUUGUGCCAUUCUUCUCAUCUCUGAGUUACAACCGGCAUUCUAAGCUUCAUGAGAAGGAGAAAGUCAGUGUCAACAAGAGGUUGCAGGACAAGUUGGUGCAGUUUUUGAUGGGCCGGAAUGAAUGGAAAAGAAAGGGUGGGAAGGAUCAUUUAAUAGUUGCUCAUCAUCCAAAUAGCAUGUUGGAUGCAAGAAAGAAAUUGGGUUCUGCCAUGUUCGUGCUUGCAGAUUUUGGAAGAUAUCCUGCUGAAAUAGCAAAUCUUGGGAAGGAUAUAAUCGCGCCUUACAGACAUUUGGUGACGACUGUUCCCAGCAGCAAAUCAGCCACAUUCAAGGAGCGCCCUAUACUAGUGUAUUUCCGAGGAGCAAUUUUCAGAAAAGAUGGAGGAGUAAUUCGCCAAGAAUUGUAUCAUCUUCUCAAAGACGAGAAAGAUGUAGACUUCACUUUUGGUAGCAUUGGAGGAAAUGGUGUUCGCAAGGCAACCCAAGGAAUGGCCUCAUCAAAGUUUUGCCUAAAUAUAGCUGGCGAUACCCCAUCCUCAAAUCGCCUAUUUGAUGCCAUUGCUAGUCAUUGUGUUCCAGUAAUAAUUAGCGAUGAGAUUGAGCUACCAUUUGAAGAUGUCUUAGACUACUCACAAUUUUGCAUAUUUGUUCGCGGGGCUGAUGCUGUAAAGAAGGGUUACCUACUGAAACUUCUUCGAGGAAUAAACAAAGACAAGUGGACCAAAAUGUGGGAAAGGUUGAAGCAAGUUGUACAUCAUUUCGAAUAUCAAUAUCCCUCCCUGCCUGGUGAUGCUGUUGAUAUGAUUUGGCAGGCAGUUUCUCGCAAGAUAUCCUCUCUACAAUUUAAAUAUCACAGGAAGAAGAGAUACGACAGGUCUCAACUUGUUUAAGAACAAAAUGGCAUCGUUCCAUUUGAAAGCGUCUGAUGUAUGCAGGUCUUGACCUUUGCAUCAUUUAUGAAACAUCAAACUUUUUGUUCGAGUUGUAGAUAUUAUAUACUUUCAAGCUAAUUUUUUAUUCUUGAAACUAUCAAUGAAAAGUUAAUUCCUUUUUUGCUAUGA